CGCCCGGAACGACCGCUCACGGUUAAAUGCGAGUUCAAUGGUAAAGUUCGUCGAAUCACUUUCCAUUCCGCUAGAAAUUUCUCGUUCUCGACCCUCAGAGAAAGAGUGGAACAGGCUUUUUCUCUGUCAGCUUCAAAUUUUAAUAUGACGUAUAAAGAUGAUGAUGGAGAGACUAUUGAGCUUGUUACAGACGAGGACUUGACUGAAGCGAUCUCAUAUUUCCAAGGAGGGGAGGAUCAUCCCAGUUCUUCCGGAAAUACUACUUGGUCCGGCCAUUCGGGUCGAACGACCCGGAAAAUCACCUUGCGCAUAGUUGUUUUCGUGGAAUACGACGGCCCGAGCCUGUCUGAUACUUCGUCUUUGGCGAGCGUGGAGGAAUUUGCGCGAACACGCGACCGGAGCCAUCAGGCUGUUACUGGCGCCGAACUUUCAUCAAUAAACUAUGAUAUUGAAGAUGACAUGGUUACUAUUAGUUCUAGAGACACAGCACUUGCAGCGUCUCAAAAGAGCAGUGCUCGGGGAUCUCGAGAUUUUAGAGCGCAGAAGGACACAGCGACGGCGUCUCUAAUAUCUUCGCAAAUCUUAGCAGAACAAAAUGAAGAGACUGACACGCCAGCGGAGGAGUCGGUGGAAAUCUCACUCUCAUACGCUUCAUCAAGCGGUGCAUCGCAGACUCCUGUCCCUUCGACCACUUCCGAACCACAUAGCCCACCUAGAUCUGGUGUAAACUUAGCAACUGAUGUUUCGGUUUUUGAGCGCUUGCGCAAGGAAGCUGUGUCGAAGCUUCCACCUUUCCCCCCGACCCACACACCCAAUCUCGCUGUGUCAUUUGGUGGAAAUCCUGAUGACCGGGGCGCAAGGUGGCUCCAGGAUCAGAACGAUCGUGCCAUCCGCACCAUGAUGGGCCAUUUACCAAGGCCUUCAAUACCUUCAUCUGCUUCCGAUGAAGACAUCAUCGAAGGAGCUACCGACACAGGGGGACUGGCCCUGCAUCGACAUCCAUCGGGAAAGUUUUAUUACUCUUAUUCAUCCGAUAUUUCUUCAAUCCCAGAGCCCUCAACCGGGGUUGACGCAAUACAAUCAAUGGAAUCCGGUCAUCCGGUUGUUAAGGAUUCGGAGUGCGCAUCUCAGCCGUCACCUUUGGCGUCACAGGAUCGACCAGGCCAGAAGGCACAGGAAAAUGCAGCUACUUGGUCAGAAGCUAAUCCAUUCCGUGAUCCAUCAGACGUCUCUCCCGAGCUGUUGCAAGCCAUACUGCAGUCCGAAAUGUCGGCUUGUAAUGGUCCUACCGAAGUGACCUGCUGCUCUUCCUGUAACGAAAUCCUGGAUUCUUUCAGAUAUGUAUGCGCUACAUGUGGCGAGAGACCAAAACGAAAUCGAGAGGAAGUCGUUCUUAGUUCACUAGAAGAUCAUUCACGAGAUGAAUUGGGCGUACUUGUGCCAUCAUCAACUUCGAUUGGGGACUGGAGUCCACUUAGCUCCCCUUCGAAUCCGAGUCAAGCGGACAGCAAUUCUCCAGUCUCGUCUUAUCACAUACUGCCGCGCCCUGCUCGAACAACUUCAUCUGCUUCCUUGGCAUCAUCCCCUUCCAUUGAAACCGGUCCGGGCUACGAGCUAUGCCCAAAUUGCAUUGGAACUGCUGGGGUUCUUCAUGCGGAAAACGCUUUGAAUGCCGCUCACAGUCCAAGUGCGACAUCCCUUUCAUCCCCAAACAUUGGGAUGGGUAUGAGGAAUGCUCCAAAACGAAAAGCACUAAUCCGUCACGCGUACAUAGAGAAGUUUUGGGGAGAUACAGGAUGGCAAGACGUUGAACUUGAUGACGAAUGCUCAUGUGCUAUAUGUCAGAAGACAAUCGAUAAGGAUCGCUUCAAAUGCCUUUCAUGCGAACAAUUCAAUUUAUGCCGUUCGUGCUACAGUUCUGUACAUGAAAUCCAUCCUUCCCAUGCGUUUGCGGCUAUUCCCGACCGAAAACCACCUCCCCUCCAAAGCAUAAGUAUGGAGGAACAGUGUACGAUGCCUGUUAAUGCCAGCCGCUUUCUAGCCAUGAAGCACCCUGGAGUCAAGUGCAACCACUGCCUGCAAGACAUUGUAGGAGCCCGGUUCCACUGUGCCUUAUGCGAUAAUGUCGACAUAUGUUCGAAUUGUGAAAGUGCGGGACUCCCGGGUAAUUUAACCGCCCCCGAUGGAGAACACGACUCCUCCCAUAUUAUGAUCAAGAUCCCAAUGCCGGUGGAGACCAAGGAAUUAAGAAACGUCAGCCGUCGAGCGCGCGCCUUAGUGAUGGGAAGGGACGCUUCAGUUAUCGGUGUCGAUAAUCCCUGUUGGAGACCGCGGGCGAACUCCGCCGGAUCCAAUUACCAACAAACCGUUAUUGGGUUUCCAAAUUCCACAGCCGAGAGGAUGGAUGAAUGGGAGAAUAUGAAUCAUCAUAUCUUAUGCCGGGGAUGCGACAAAUCAAUCAUCGGCGUUCGGUACCAGUGUGCAUCAUGUCCUUCACAGCCAUCCUCCUCUGCAUACAACCUCUGCGAGGAUUGCGAGGCUGUUUCCUUUACUCUUCACGAUGCCAUGCACAUCUUUGUCAAGAUUCCACGGCCAGUAGACCGACCAAUUGAAAAUUCUCGGCCGCUCAUUACUCCAAUUUAUGAGAUCCCGGCUGGUCAAGACAGAGACGGCAAUAGAUAUGGGGAAGGAUAUCGAGACUACCUUUCUCGCAUCAAGCACAAUGCGGCGCUGUGCGAUCGUUGUGUAGACCACAUCUAUGGAACAUGGUACAGAUGUGCCAACUGUGACGCAGACCUGUGCGAAUUUUGUGAACAGUUAUCCGUCCACGACUCCACACACGUUUUCCUGGUUAUCAAAAGUGCGGUGGAUAUGACCAAAUUCAGG